AUGCCUAGAGUGGUGAAACCUCAAAAAGCAAGACACGAUCCACUUCAUGUCCAAAUAGAUGCGGAUGAAUCUCUUAGAAAAUUCGGUAGACCCAGUAAACCCAGUAAAGGGAAGAAAGGAAGAGGAGAUGAAGACGAAUAUGAAGAUGAGCCUAAAGCAGAAGAUGCCCGAAUGUCCAAAAAGAUUCUUGACCUCGCUAGAGAACAACAAGAAGAAGUGAAUCGUGAAUUGGGUGAAGACGAUGAUGAUGUCUGGGAAGAUGAGGACGAUGAACAAGAAGCUGAACCUUCGAGAAGACCUAGAGAGAUUGCUCAGAUCCCAAGCGAUGAUGAAGAUGAAGAAGAAUUCGAUGACGGUGAAGUGUCAGGCGAAGAAUACGCUGAGCUGGAAAUCGACCCAGCAGAUCAUGCUACGCUAGAUAAGCUGAAUGCAGGACAAUCAAAUGAUCCCACUUCGCAAGAUCAGGGAGAACCACCUAAGACUUUAGCAGAUUUGAUUUUCAGUAAAAUGGAAGGCGGUGCUGUCAGUAGAGGAAUUGAGGAUGAGGAUGAAGGACCACCAGAUCCAAAAAAAGGCUUAAAUCCUAAAGUAGUCGAAGUGUAUACCAAAGUCGGAUUCCUUCUUUCAAGAUAUAAAUCAGGUCCAUUACCCAAAGCGUUGAAAAUAUUACCAUCAUUACCACACUGGGCUCAACUAUUAGCUGUAACGAAACCAACAGAAUGGACCCCACACGCCACUUUUGCAUGUACGAAGAUAUUCGUAUCGAAUCUGAAACCCACGGAGGUCAGAGUCUUCUUAGAAGGUGUUUUGUUAGAUAAAUGUAGGGAAGAUAUGAGGAUGAACGGUGGGAAAUUAAAUGUUCAUCUUUAUGAAGCUUUGAAAAAAGGUCUAUAUAAACCUGCUGCUUUCUUUAAAGGAAUUUUAUUCCCCCUUUGUGAGACAAGCUGUUCACUUAAAGAAGCUGCUAUCGUAGCUUCUGUACUUUCGAAAGUCUCAGUACCGGUCUUACACUCGGCCGCUGCCUUGUUACGACUUGCUGGUAUGGAUUACUCUGGACCCAAUUCUCUGUUUAUCCGUAUCCUGCUUGAUAAGAAAUACGCUUUACCGUAUAAGGUAGUUGACGCUAUCGUAUUUCACUUUAUAAGAUUGGCAAAUUCUCAAAGGAGUAGAACGGGUGAAGAUAAAUUACCUGUUUUGUGGCAUCAGAGUAUGUUAGUGUUUGUGCAAAGAUACGGAUCAGAUUUAACACCGGAUCAAAAAGAUGCUCUAUUAGAUGUCAUUCGAUCAAGGCCACAUCCAACGAUAAGUGCUGAAAUAAGAAGAGAAAUCCUUAAUUCAGUUGAAAGAGGCGCACCCAGGCCCGAAGAUGGAGAAGAUGUCCUUAUGCGUUAA